AUGAAUCAGAUACGACUGUGCAGAAAACUAUGCUUCGGAGCUAGCUGCCAGACUGAAAGAAGUGUACUCGCGAGUAUUGAAAACAUCGGAAAAGACCAAAGAAGAACGAGCAAAGCAUUACAACAAAAACAUAGGGAGAGGACGUAUGAGCUCGGAGAUCAAGUGUAUCUCUUGCGAAUGCACGUUAAGCCCGGUAUAUCAAAGAAACUCGUGAAGCCCUGGAUAGGGUCAUACAAGAUUAUAGAGGUAAUAGGUCCAGUGACCUAUCGAGUGAAGAAGGUAAGUGAAACAGACGAACAGGUAGUACACGUGAAUUGGCUGAAGUCAUACUCAACCUAUACUGUUGAAGGGGAUGAUUCCGAGGAAAGUAAUAAUAGCGACGAUGAAGAGGAGAUGACGAAUAGUUCUGGGAGGACGUCUAGAAAUGGACGUAAGGAAGAGGAAAACGAGAAAAGAAUCCCAAUUCUUCCCUAG